AUGUUGAAGUUUGGUUUAAAAUUUCUGCAAGGAAGAUCAAAAGAGGGGAAAAACCUUAACGCUGAUGGUAAACCGGAACUUCCAGCUUUUGAGUGGCUAGUUUCUACUGAUGGAGGCCCAAACCUGGGUGAUUGUAUCACAGAGGUGACCACAACAGAGACACCACCUGUUGAUGAUGUUCCAGAAAUUUCAUCACAACGUAAUUCUGUUGUAAUGGAGAAGGCUAUCAAUGUCAACCCAACCAGAGUCAAGAGAAGUUCAACGCAUAGUGAAUCAGGAAAAAUCCGAUUAUUGAACAUAAUUGAGAAUGAAUCGUCGCGCACGAAAUUCCGCGAAUAUCUGGUAUCACAAUAUUGUGAUGAGAAUCUGGACUUUUACAUGGAUGUCUCGCGAUUUCGAGAAAUGUUUAAUGCGUCGUCGGAUACUUUUCCGUAUACUGAUUCCGAAGAAAUUACUACGUUCGCUGUACAUAUAUUUGAAACGUAUUUGGAUGAGGAUAAAUCGUCGAAACCGUUGAAUGUUCCGCAGGAUAUGAAGACAGUUUGUCAGCGACGAAUUGAAACGAAUAAAUACAUGGCAGAUAUAUUUGAUAAGCUACAACAACAUUGUUUCGAUUUAAUGGUUCAAGACUCAUUACCGAAAUUCCUGAGAAAUUCAUUAGCAGGAGAUCUUAGCGUUAGUGCCUUAUCGUCGACAUCAUCCUCUUCCUCACAAUGUUCAUCUUCAGUGUCACCCUCGUCACGAUAUUCGCUAUCAUUUAAUUCUGCAUCAUCAUCAUCAUCAUCAUUCACAUCCACAAAGAAUUCAUCUUCGAUAAUAACGACGACGUCGACAAACUCAACGUCGCCAUCUUCAUCUUCCUCAAAUUCCUUCUUGAGACCACCUUCGUUUAGGAGCACGAAACAUCCAAAUUUGAACGAUGAUUCAAAUAAUAUUCUAGUAUCACCACGAAAAUCUCUAUCAUCUAGUGCACUUCGGUCGACAUUCUCAUCAUCCACCGUAAUAAAUUCCUUCUUUGAACAUAAUCACGCCGGUAAAAGAAAUUCAGUAUCAUUUGAACGAUCGAGAUUAAGUCAAGGCGCGUUAUUCGGUGCACCCUUUUCUAUCACGAACCAGCGAAUGUCAUUGGUUGGUGUAUCAAUUAGUAAUAUCACGCGUAGAAUGUUGACACGUCGUCGAGAUUCCAAUUGUUCCGUCUCAAGUCAAGCAUCUUCAAGUGGUUCAAACUCGCCGAGUAAAUGUCUAAGUAUAAUGCCAGGUUCAUAUCCGAGUCUUUCACCCGGGAAUAAACAUGAUUCAGGAUGUGAUGCUAUCGAUCAUGAAGAAUUUAAUGACUGUUCUUUGCGAGUUGACAAUCCCCUUCCGCCCACACCUAAAUCUCCUACGCCACCUCCCAUUCCGCCUAGACUACGACAACCACCUCCAUUACCCCCUCGAAUCACUCAAUUUUCGUCUCAAGUGGUUUAUCUUAGCUCAAAUAUUCUCAACAAGAGUCUUCCUCCUACUCCCGAACAUGUGACCGCAUGA